AUGUUCAUUGCGUCAAUGGGGAGUGUGUCUGGCUGCUUAGCCUUGGUAGCAAAUCAGGAGCCGGUGAAGGCGACUGAACAGGGAAGCGCGAAAUGCAUGUCCAAGGGAAGGCUUGAGGAUGUUGUUGCGCUUAAGUAUAGCUUGGCUUCAGAUAAAGUUAUAUGCAAAGAUAUUUCACAAAGUCAAGGCUUUCUCCUAUUUCAGUGA